AUGCUCUCGCAACACCACGUCUCAGCGAACAAGAGAAUCCACCAGCAGCAGCUAUGCUGUUCCUCCACCGUCUCUGUCUGGGACCUGGAUGCCUUGCAGAGGGUCAGCAGUCGACUCGGAUCGCACCGCGCCUCGGAGAACCAUACCUCGCCGGAACCGACACCGCCUGAACCGACACCGCCGGGCCAGGGACAGUCCUCGCCGGAGCAGCCCUUCGUUCCCCCAGCGGAGCAGCCUUUAUCCGGAAUACCCAAGAAGCUCUGGUACAAGCUCGGACCCAAGGGUCUGAACGAGAAGACGCAAGCAUGGACCGACAGUUGCAUCAAGAACAACACAGACUACGAGGCCGUGUUCCUUAAUGACUCUGCGGCCGACACCUACGUGAUCCGAACCUUCGGGGAGUCCGAUCCCGAUCUCGUCGAUCUCUACCUCAACCUCACGGUCCCCAUCUUCAAAGCCGACAUCCUCCGCUACCUCCUCCUCUUCGCCGAAGGCGGCGUCUACUGCGACCUCGACGUCUCCUGCCACGCGCCCAUCGACGACUGGAUCCCCGGCGACCUCAAAGCCCAAACCGCCGUGGUGGUCGGGUGGGAGUUCGACGGCGGCUACGGCGACAACAUCCUGCGCCAGUUCGCCACCUGGACCAUGAUGGCCAAGCCGCGGUCGCCGCACCUCUGGCGCGUGGUCGAGGACAUUGUGCGGUUCUUCCACGAGAAGAUGCGCGAGCACGACGUCCCGCCGCAGGGGCUGACGCUGCAGAUGAUCGGGGACGUCGUGGACGGGACGGGCCCCAGGCGCGUCACGCGGAAUCUGGUGAAGGUGUUUGAGGAGCAGUUUAACACUACGUUGCCGGAGAUUCGGAGGUUGGAGCAGCCGAGGCUCGUGGGGGACGUGUUGGUGCUGCCUGGGCAUUCUUUUGCGGCGUCGAUGAACAAGUACCCGGGCAUGAAGGUGGUGCCGCCGCCGUUGGUGAUUCAUCAUUAUGCUGGGUCGUGGAAGAAUGAGAAUGGUGGCGAGGUUGCCUCGAAGGCUACAUGAUGGACCAUGUACAUGUAAGGUAUGUAAUAUUGGGAACUGGAGUUUUGGGGGAGCUCAGCGUGCGUUGUCUGAUUUGAGUACAAUCCGUCGGGAUAUAUGGAUUGAACUUGUAAUAGAUGUAUAUACCUAGAUCAUGCUGUACACUACCUUAAGGUACCUUACUUAAAAUAAGAUAGAAG